UAUUUAACAACAAAAAAUUGCACUUAAGUUAAACUGAUUAAAUGUUAGAAUUUAAAUUUAAUUUAUGUAAAAAUAGUAUAUUAGUUAAAUUAAUAUACUUUACUUAUUUUUUUAAGUAAAAAAUUUUUAAAUAAAUAUGACAUUAACAUUUAGAUUAGUAUUUUGCUUUAAUAUAUCAAUGUACUACUUGCUGAUUGAUACAAAUUUACUUAUUUAACUAUGUACGUUUUAACCUAUUCACUGGUGUACUAUGAAAAAAAAUUAUUCAAGUUCCUCAAAUAUAUUUUGUGAUAUAGUACCAGAAAUCGAUCAAUAUGAAGUGCGGUAUUCAGAAUAUAUAUUAAAAACACCAAAGAAUAAAUCUCUUGAUAAUAGAAAACGACUUGCUUAUGGCGCUGGGCCAAUUGUUGAGAAUGAAAUAGAUGAUCCUACAAGCAUACCAAAUUAUACAGAUUAUAUAUUAUGUUCUCCAAAAAAAGAAGAAUGUAGUCAAGAAAAUAAAAUUAAAAAAAAAACUAAAACCAAAGAAGAACUAAGUCUAAAUAUUAUAGCAAGUACAAUGAAACAAAUCACACAUAAAGCUUUAACUAAAUUUAUCAUAAAUCACAAAAAUGAAUUUAUAAGAAUUAAAAAGAAGCCACCUGAUAAGAAAUAUUUACAUUCUGCUAAUAUACUUUAUGAAAAAAUGUUUAAUCCGGAACAAAAACUUUCUAUGUACUAUGCAUUGAGAGAAAUUUUCAAUAUUUCUCCUCAUCAAUUUGAAGAUACCCAAUUUUUGUUUUCUAUAAUGUUGCAAGAAGUUGCUGUAAUGUUAUUACAAAAGAAAUUUAAAUUCAAAAAUAGGAAAUCUGCGUUGGAAAAAUUUGUAAUUCUAACAUUACUUGAUUUGUAAAUAAUUUAUUUUUCUAAACUUGGUCUUUAAUUUCUGGCUUUAACUAUAGUCCUAGUUUUAUUUAUAUAUAUUAUCUAUUAUUGCUAUUAAACAGUAUUUAUAAACUCUUUUUUUUUUCAAAUUAUUGUUGAUUCAAGAAGUUGAAUAUUAAUUAUUUAAUUUAAAAAAAAUAAUUUUCAAUUAUAUAGCAUGUUUGUCAUUUGUAUAAAAAUCAAAAUUUAUACAAUUAUUUAAUUUUUUAUUGACAUUUUAAACUGAUUAUUCGCAUUUCAUUUAUUAACAAAAUUUCUAGUCGUUAUUUAAUCCUAAGGUAGAAUUGUUUUACUAAAUUUAAGUAAAGAUUUUUAUAUAUUUGUGUAUAUUUUUGUCUCAUUUUUAAAUGAUUUAUUGUAGAAUUAUUAUAUGUUAAUAUAUUAGCAGAAGCAUGAAUUUUAUAGAUAUUUAAUAUGUAAGCAUGAUUGUGAUAUCUUAAAUUAUUUAUUUUGAUAAUAUUGAAUAUUGAUGGUUUGUUUCAAUUAAUUUUGUAAAAAAUUUCUUUGGUGUUGGAAUAUUAAAUUUAAAUUUUCUUUUGAAGUACUUAACUUUUUUGUGCAACAUCAUUUCAUCAAUCUAAAAAUUAGUAAAACAACAUAUUUUCACAGUAUUCUUUUUAAGUAAGAAUGAUUACUUGGUAAAAAAUGAUUAAUUUGUUCUUUUAGUUAUAUUAUUUUUGUCAAAAUAUU